GGUUUGCGGCGGCUCAGCCGCGUUUGUGAUUCAUAUACUUACUUACUUUGCUGUGCUGUGCUGCUGGCGAUUUUGUGAUUUUGUUUAUAACGACAGAUUUUGUGAGACGAGUUGACUUUGGACUUUCUUUUUGCUUGCUGUUCUUGCUUGUUUUUUGAGAGUUGCGUUGGUUGAUUUUUUUUUUUCGUUGGGAUUUCAUUGCGCUUUUCAACGCGGGGCACGCGAUAAAUUCUACAGAGAUAGAAGGUUACAGCGUCAAGACCAAGACCAAGACCAAGACCCAGGUCAGGAUCGAAAUCAAAAUCAAGAUGUCACGACAUCAAUCCCACAGCUCUCGAAACGAGAGAUCACAUCCUCAUUCCCAUUCCCGACGAGAUACUCGACGAGAUACUCGUCAUGAGACUCGGCACGAGAAAAAGAAAGUGACGACGAAAAACCUGGCGGCGACGUUGGGUAUGAUGGGACUGGCGAUUGGGGCGACGCUGUUGACGGAGGGUGGGCCGUGGAAAAGUCGUAUGGCUGCGGCGGCGACGGUGGUGGGCAUGGAACAUAUGCUUGAGAGUGGGGGCUUUUUUGAUGGGAAGGGCGAGGUGGCUAAGGAGGAGGAGGGCAGGAGGGAGAGAGCGGGGCGUGGCGAGAGGGUGGAGAGGGAAAGGAGGGGGGUUGAGGAGGAUAGGAGACGCAGGGAUGUGGAGGAUGAUGAUGGUGAUGAUGAUGAUGAUGAACGGGCUUAUCGACAUCGAAGAGAGAGGGUUAGAGAAGAAGAAGAUAGGAGAGAAACGAGAGGAAUGAGAUAUGCACAUGAUUCACAUGAAAGAACAAGACGAGAAACUCACGAUGAAGACGACCAACGACGACGAGAAAGAAGAGCUAGAAGGGACGCCAAUAGGCGGUUUGACGAACAGUAUGAGAUUGAGGAGGUUCCAGUCUGAUGAUUUUACUUUUACACUUCUUUUGGGUCGGUUUUGGGAGAUACUCUUGGUGGUAUCGAAUUAUUCAGGAAGGAAAGGGACGGAUAUUUAGGGAAGGUCUAGGGAAUCGGAGGAAUAUGGACAGUUUGUUUGGUGUAUAAAGCAGAAUUCGGGUACUUCUAGCUAUCAUCUCAUCUGGACCCACGGUUACGAGGGCAUACGGAACGACGGUUUCAUGAAAUAAGGGAUUGAUACGGAAUUACGAUACAUGCAUGGAACGGAUAACUUUUAUUAUUAUUAUUAUCAGGUCUGGGGAUGACUCCAAGACCGAAUAUUUUGGAAUGCGUAGAUUUAUUUUCUUUUUUAAUUAAUCACUUUAUCCGGUUCUUGAGAGAAAGAACUAUUUCCUAUACA